AGGUCCUUCCAAGAACAACGCAACCGCAGCGCCGCACCUCCGCAUGCCGCGGGAUACGAGAAGCGCUAACUUGAAAACAAUCUUUUGACGAACGCAGUUUCGCUUAUUCGAAACGUGACCGCGAUUUGUCGUAGCGUUCUUCGGCAGCGUCAGUAGUGCUUGGGUCGUUGAGGAGUGAUUUUCUGUUAGCAAUAAAUUCUUGAAUUGGUUGGCUAGAAGUGGUUGAUGUUUCGGGAAAAAACGCGUCUAAAGCAUAUAAGUCCGUAUAAUCAUCGAGCUGAUUUUUCCAGAGAUCUAAGGUUGAAUAAGUCACCAAAUGUCUGACCAAGCAGGCAGGGCUCCGAGGGGCCGGGCUAGGGGUCGAGCCCGAGACCAAACUGGUGCAAGGCCGGCUGCUGCUGCCCCGCUUCCAGUACCCCAGGGUGCAUGGGCUCAUAGACCUGCUACACAGCCAACUCCAGCGCAGCCAUUGGCACAACCGAGUACACGGCGACCACCCUCCGCAGCUCUUCCGCAGUCUCAUCAGACUGUGGGACGUGCAGCCCAGCUUUCCGGAGCAAGAGGCGACGGUAGCCACAGUGAUCUGUCUGCAACAGCGCAGACAAUAAAUAUUGGUGCCGGAGGAGAUAAUGGCGGUGCUGUUAUAGGCCGUGGCGCACUGCGAGGCAGGCGCCAGCUUCCUCCUAAUUUACUGAUCACGCGUCCAACUGGGCUAGUAACAAAGCAAGGAACAUUUGGGCGGCACCUAAAACUAACAGCGAACUAUUUCAAAUUGCUGAGCACCACUGACUGGUGCCUCUAUCAAUAUCGUGUGGAUUUUGCUCCCGAUGAGGAGCGAACCAUGGUUCGCAAAGGCCUUUUAAGACCACACAAGGAUACUUUAGGUCCCUACAUAUUCGAUGGAACUGUUUUGUACACAAGUAACCGUCUGCCUGAGAAAAUGGAGCUCUUUUCCACAAGAGUAUCCGACGAAGCGCACAUACGUGUCAGUAUCAAAGAGGUUGGAGAUUUGGUGAGAGGUGACUACCAUUAUCUCCAGUUCUUCAACAUAAUUAUGCGCAAGUGUCUCGGACAUCUAAAUUUGCAACUUGUCGGUCGGGACUACUACGAUGCCCAGUCCAAGAUUGAAUUACGAGACAUUAAUCUGGAGCUAUGGCCCGGUUAUCUGACUUCGAUACGUCAACAUGAGAAGGAUAUCUUGAUGUGCUCAGAAAUUAGCCACAAAGUGAUGAGGCAGCAAACGUUGUACGACAUCCUGGAAGAUUGCCGAAGAAACAGCAGACAAGACUACCAGAAAAGCUUUUCACUCGCCGUGAUUGGCCAGGUUGUUCUCACUGGAUACAACAAUAACACGUACCGAAUCGAUGAUAUCGACUACGCUGUAAACCCACAGUCUACAUUCCAACUGCGCAACGGUGAAAGCAUUUCCUAUUUGGAUUACUACAAAAACAAGUACCAGAUUCGAAUCCGACAGCCCACGCAACCAAUGCUGGUCUCACGAACCAAACCACGAGAGCGUAGAGCUGGACUGGGAGAAUUGGUGUAUCUAGUCCCGGAACUUUGUAGGGCAACCGGUAUAACCGAUGACAUGAGAGCUCAAUGGCCGGUAAUGAAGGCCUUGUCCGAACAUAUGCGGGUCGGCCCAGAAAGUCGAAUUCAAAAAUUGCUGGCCUUCAACAGACGUUUACGGACAGAGCCAAGGGUUGUCGAAGAUCUGAAAGAAUGGAACCUCAAUCUGCACAAUGAUUUGGUGCAAAUUCCUGGGAGACAGCUCCCCCCAGAGAAAAUCGUCUUUGGAAGAGAUCAGAAGGUCGAUGCUGGUCAGGAUGCAGACUGGACGAGAGAACUACGAAAUGUGAAAAUGUUGUCCUGCGGCAAACUCGACAAUUGGGCUCUCAUUGUUCCCUCUCGAGCAAAGCGAGAUGUCGACAAUUUCGUGUCAACGCUGCUACAAGUAGGAGGAAAGCUGGGAUUCCAAAUGGCUCAACCUCGCAUACACGAAAUAUCCGACGACAGGGGCCAGACCUACUUGGAUGUGAUCGAAAACAUCCUGAGUAAAGUAUCCGUAAAACUGAUAUUCUGCGUUGUGCCAAACAAUCGCCCCGAAAGGUACUCCGCGAUCAAGAAAAAGUGCUGCACGGAUCGCCCCAUUCCGACUCAGGUCUUCCUAGCCAAAAACUUGACGAACAAGGGGCUGGCGUCCAUCGCCACGAAAGUGGCCAUCCAGAUGAACUGCAAGAUCGGGGGCGCACCUUGGACGGUAGAAAUUCCUUUGAGUGGACUAAUGAUCGCGGGAUUCGACGUUUGCCACGAUACCUCCUCCAAAGGAAGGGACUAUGGUGCUCUGGUCGCUUCGCUGGACCGAUCCUGCAGCCAAUAUUUCAGCGCGGUCAGCGCCCACUCCUCCGGAGAAGAGCUCUCGAACGAUUUAUCCGCAAACAUGUGCAAGGCGCUCUACGCCUACCGAGAAAAGAACCAGUCGCUGCCGCAGCGCAUAGUGAUUUACAGAGACGGAGUCGGCGAGGGGCAGAUCCCUUACGUCUACGAACACGAGGUGACACUCCUGAGGCAACGCCUCACCCAAUUCUACGGAAAUUCAGAGGUCAAGUUGGCCUUCAUAAUAGUGACGAAGCGCCUGAACACCAGACUGUUCAUGGGCAACAAGUACAAUCCACCUCCCGGCACCGUUGUGGAUGACGUGAUCACCAGCCCCGAGAAGUACGAUUUUUUCAUCGUCCCUCAGUCCGUCAGACAAGGCUCCGUCUCACCGACGGCCUUCAACGUCAUAUCCGACAACGUCGGUCUGGACGCCGAUAAAAUACAGCGUCUCACUUACAAGAUGACGCACAUAUACUACAACUGGAGCGGAACCGUAAGAGUCCCUGCGCCUUGCCAGUACGCGCACAAGCUGGCGUUCUUGGUCGCGCAAUCUCUGCACAGGUUGCCGGAUGCCGCUUUACAAAAUCUCUUGUACUUCCUCUAACUCGUCCGCAGCGAACUGCUUCGGAGGGCGGCUUGUUCUGUAUAACGUUUAAGACUAGUGACACGGUAGCCUCGUUUUGUUUUGUUUUUCAAAUUUAUUUCAAAUACCUUAUCAUAGAAGUAACCAGGCAUAGAUUUUAUACGUUUAUAGUCACGAAGACACCGAACACUAUGAAGAUCAUAUUAAGUUGUUUGUAUUUCUAUUUUUUCUUUUAUUUCGUUGUUACUUCUCAUUGUUUCGUUUUAAUACAUCUGAACUUGCGGAAUGUUAAGAAGACAGAGAUGAUCGACGCUCUAGAUACUGAGUGCUGUUACCAAACGUAUGUCAAUUGAAUCGGAGCUUUGAUUGUUACUUUCAGUUAUUCGCAUGCGAAUGACCAGUCUGAAUUCAGUCUAGUCCGUCAAGAUGGUAUCGUUACAUUAUCCUAUCAGUAUUCAUCCAAAUCAAUAAUAAUCACGAGUAUUUUUAGAGUACAUACGGACGUAUGUAAUUUUGUUCAAGGGCUAUGUGCUAUCCUGAUUAUAAGUUCCAGAUUAUUGCAAUUGUUAUAAUUUUUUUUCGCCACACAAAUACUUAUUUGUAUACGAAUGUGCAGAAAUUCUAAGCUUCUCCGUUACACACGCUGCACUUGAACCUUACUUUCUUGCUUUUAAUUAUCCAUAACUAAAAACGUAGUUUUAUGGCUCACGGUACGGUGGCCAUACAUUCAUUGUGAUAUACGUAGAUAUAAUCUCACCCUUGUACGAUGUGACGAUUUAUAUUUUUCUCAAUAAAAAUACCAAAGAAUUACCAAAAAGUUAA